CAUAUCCUUAGUUGCCUUCCUGUGUGUUACUCCGCACAGAUCUCGCACUCACUCACUGCUAGUUAGCUAGCUAGCAGAGAUUGCAGCCCUAAUUUGAUGAUAGUGCAGACAUACCAUUUAACUAGCUGCUACUAGCUAGUACGUGAAAGAGACGAAUAAGCCUCUACGUAUUGACGUAUGCAUGCAUGCUGCCACCUCUUCUGUUCAUUAGAGUUUGGUGCAUGCGCGUUGUUGAGGCAAUAUAAUGAAACCAUGCAUAGUCUAUUCUACUAGUAUUCUGUACUUUUAAUCAGUGCCGUUAGCGAUUUAUUCAUUCUCCUUUUUUGGCUUUUUUUUUAUUUUCUACUCUCAGUCAGUAUUUGUAUGCCACUAGCUAGAUCCGCAUAAACAUCGAUAUGUUAUGCUUGGGUGUUCACCGAGUCCAUAAGAAUGUGAUUUGUUCUCAGGUAAAUUUAAGCUUCAAGCAUGCGUGGUUAUAUAAAAAGUUUAUUCAGCUGUUGUACAUGUAGGGAAGUGUACAAUAUAUGUACUGUCAACAGAACAACAACAGUCUAUUUAGAGAUGGGCCUAAUAAAAUGAAUGGGAGGGAGAGUAACUCAUACUAAUGUUCUUGCAGGUCAAAUAAACAUCACCAUGGACUUGACAAGUCUCACUACGAUGUGGUGGGCCAUAGCUCUUCUUUUCAUUACUGUAUUGGCCACCAAGAUCACAAGAGCAAGAAUCACCAACAUUGAUCCACAGCGUACAACAGGCCAACUUCCACCCAUGGUGAAUGGACUUGCUCUCCUAGGAUUAUUACCUACCCUUCUGAAGAAGGGUCUACCACCUAUGUUCAAUUAUCUAUAUGUUAACUAUGGCAGUGUCUUCAGUGUAAGUUGCUUUGGAGUGAUCAAGGUAACACUCUUGAUCGGGCCAGAGGCGACGACUCAUUUCUUCCAAGGUUUGGAGUCAGAGAUUAGCCAUGGUAAUCUGCUUGAGUUCACAGUGCCCAUGUUUGGCAAGGCAGUUGGUUAUGGUAGAGAUACCGCCACCCGAAUGGAACAAAUGCGCUUCCACAGUGAAGCACUGAGGGCAUCCAGGUUAAGGAGCCAUGUUUCUCCAAUGCUUCAAGAAGUGGAGGAUUUCUUUGCAAAGUGGGGAGAGGAAGGCGUAGUUGAUCUAAAGCUUGAGUUCGAGCAGCUACUUAUGUUGAUAUCAGGCCGAUGUUUGCUUGGAAAAGAGGUCCGGGAGAAUAUGUUUGAUGAAGUCUACACACUUUUUCGCGAGAUCGAAAAGGGUGUGACCUUGAUCAGCUUCUUGUUCCCAUAUCUCCCAACUCCAGCAAACCGGCAGCGUGAUAGGGCACGUAUAAGGCUAACAGAGAUCCUCUCUAAUGUUGUCGAGUCCCGUAAGAGCUCUGGGCGAGUGGAGGAGGACACGCUGCAGAAACUGAUUGACUCCAAGUACAAAGAUGGUCGCCCUACAACAGUAGAAGAGGUAGCCGGGUUGAUCAUUGGCUUGCUGUUUGCUGGAAAACACACCAGCUCUCAUACUAGUACUUGGACUGGAGCUUGUCUUCUCAGCCAUCCAGCCUUCUUAAGAGCUGCCAUUGAGGAGCAACAUCAAGUCGCCAAGAAAUACAAGGACGGACCAGAAUACAAUGCCUUCUUAGAGAUGGAUACGCUGCAUAAUUGCAUCAAGGAGGCGCUGCGGAAGAACCCUGCAACACCACUGCUGGUUCGCAGGGUCCAUAAGCGCUUCACGGUGCAGACGAAAGAAGGCCAACAAUAUGACAUCCCGCAGGACUACAUCGUAGCAACUCCUACUAUAGUAAACAAUUAUAUCCCUUACAUUUAUACGGACCCUCAGGUGUAUGAUCCAAAUCGGUUUGGCCCAGAAAGAAGAGAGGACAAAGUGGGUGGCAAGUUCUCUUACACAUCAUUUGGUGGUGGAAGGCACGUUUGCACUGGAGAGGCUUAUGCUUACAUGCAACUCAAAGUGAUAUGGAGCCAUUUGCUGAGGAACUUUGAUCUCGAAUUGGUCUCUCCCUUCCCUAACACAGACUGGAGCAAGUUCUUGCCAGAUCCACAGGGAAAAUUACUCGUGAGAUAUACGAGAAAUGGAAUUUAAUUUGCAGUCGCUUAACUAUAUGAUCUACUUCUACUUGUAUUCAUGCAAUCAAUAUGUACUGUAUGCAUAUGUCUUUUGAUAUGUGUAACAUACAAAAAGGUAUGUUAGUAUUUGUAUGACACAUACUUGUAUUGGGAGACAAUGAUGUUACGUUCAGUAGCGGACUAGGGUUUGAGUAUGGUCAAUACCCACAACUAUGUCCAUAAUAAAUAAAUAUAUUGUCUUUGUUGCUUUCAA